AUGGAGCCUGCGGAAGCGGCCUGCCGCCUCUGCGGGCUCCCCCACGCCCCUUGCGGCCCCAGGCCUCUCUCUCCGGAGGGAGACACAGGUGCCCAACCAGCCUUCUAUACAGGUGGAGAUAUGUUGGAUUAUCUGCUUCGUCUAAAGAGAAUAGACAGAAAAGAUGGAUUACUGGUCACUUGGUACCAUGCUGCAAAUAAAAAGAGUGAGAUGGAAGAGGCCUUAAAGAGUGAUGUCAUGGCCCUCGAAUCUGAUGUCACCAUUGAAGCCUACAACACACCCAAUGAGACAGAUAAACCCAUCAUGGCCCAUCCUCCUGACAUCUACAGUGAUAACUCUCUUGAAGAAUGGCUGGAGGCUGUCCUUAAGUCAUCCACUAAAGCCAUUAAACUGGAUUUCAAAAACGUCAAGACAGUUGGCCCAUCUCUGGAUAUCUUAGUAAAAACCUCCUCCUGGUUGAAUAUUAACCGCCCUGUGUGGCUAAAUGCAGACAUUCUAAAUGGCCCAAAUGUACCUCUUAACAUUGCUGUUAAUGCAACCCUGUUCCUUUCACUCAUCCAGGAAAAGUUCCCAAACUGCACGGUCUCCACAGGGUGGACAAGCCUCUAUUUACCUUUCUUCCCAAACAGCACCUAUACACAGAAGAUGGUUCAAGAAAUGCAUAGUCUUGUAGGAAAACUGCCUCAGCGAGUUACAUUCCCUAUAAGAGCUGUCAUGGCAAGGCCAGCCUGGCCACAUUUGAGCUGGCUUUUGAGUCAGUCUAAAAGAUACAGUCUGACCUUGUGGCAAGGGAAGACUGAUCCAGUUACAGUGGAAGAUCUCCUGUUUAUCCGAAAUAAUAGCCAACCUGAGCAGAUCUAUUAUGACCUUUAUGAUCCUGUUUUGUCUCAGUUCAAAGAUAUGGUCUUCAAUUCUGCAAGAAAUAGUAUUUUUACCAAGCAGACCAAGAUGGAUUCUUCAUAAUCUUCCAAGCACUGUCAUUGUCAACAUCUUGAAAAAGCCAUCAGUUCAUGUGCUACGCUCAGAAUUUCCCAUUUGGUUGUGACUCCUGCCAGACCAGUAUUAAAGCAGAACACAUGACAUUCAAGAAAUUCAGAAAAUGAAGGCGAACGUUAGAUUCAAACCCAUUAAGAGACUUCGGAAGUGUUUACAAGGUAUUGCUGAAGCAGCAUGAACAGACUUAUAAAUUGCUCCUAGAUAUUCAGAUGGGUGCUCCUACCGGCUUUGAAUGAUGCAUCUUUUCAUGAAAAAUACAUAUCUGACCACAUCAGCCUUGGUCACCUCAUGGUUAAAUUACUGGAAUAUGCUUUAUAAGAGGCUGUUUUUGAGGACUGUUGAAGAAUAGUCAUGGCUACAAAAUGUAGUUACAAGAUGGCCUUCUGUUGCAUGCUUUUAUACUAUGUUGAACCUGUCCUGUAUUGAAUCUAGUGGUGUCCUGCUUGUUUCCAAGUACUAUUCAGAGCAAAGACCACUAUUUUAAGAAUCCAAUAAACCAGUUUGUGGCUAGCAUAUUUGAAAAGGCCAACUCCUUUUGUAGGAGCCUGAAUUAGUUUAAGAUUUGUUUUAAAAACUAUAUGUAUGUUCAACCAGAAACAACCAGGAGAGGCUGGAAAAUGGAUGAAAUACUUUUUUUAAAAAAUGGUGGUAGCAUAGUUGUGGAACUUUCUACCUAAGGACUAGCCCCUCUUUUUUUUGUUUUGUUUCAGACAUACCUUUGAAUUGUUGGUGGUGGUCUUUGAGGGAUUUUUAAAUGUAUUUAUAGUCUGGUCUCAAAAUAAAAAUGGAGAACUUGUGGCCUUCCAGAUGUUGUUGAACUGUAUCUCCCAUUAGCCUUAACCAGAAGAACCAAUUGAGGGCCAA